AUGAGUCACGAGGAGCUGAAAGAGUUUAAAAUAGAUCAAGCAUAUGCCCUCGAUGCUCAUGCUGAUCAUCUACUCGCUUCACUGUAUUCAGUAAAGAAAGCUUUGACUGAAUAUGAAGCAGAUUUUUUCAAUUCUAAAGUUAAUUCACAAAUUAUUGACACAAUUAAGCGCGGAAAAUCAGUUAAUGAUCCUAAAUUCCAAAUAGGUAACGAUAAGAUUAUGCGAAUUGGUCAAACAUUAAGGCAAUCGUAUUUGACAAUUUGUCACUUCCAGAAAUUUCAAAAUAACUGCCUCCACACGUUACUUGAUGCUCAAGAUGCCUCAAGAUCGUUUGCCCUUCAGUGGAACUCAGAGUUUAUCAUUCCAUUAAUUAAAAUUUUCGUUAAAUACAUCAAAUUACACAUUAUGAUUUCGCAAAUAAAGAACAUUAAAAAUGUUCCGAUUCUCUACUAUUUCUGCAAGAACUCAGUCGAAAGGGAUGACUGGAACUCUCAAAUUCUCGAAUUAUACAAAUACUUAGAAGGAAGAACUUCAUAUACAAUACUAGAAGCCGAGCUUCAGCCUCUAGUGAAAAGAUAUGAGGAAGUUUGCCAUUCAAUUAAAAGCCAUAUCCAUACAAUUUUAACUUCUGAUGCUUCUACAAAUUGGUCGUUCUAUUCACUGUUAGAAAACCCAUCUACAGCUCCUUCCCGAAACCAUUUCAUGCAUCUCGAGUAUUUUGUUGGUCUAAAUAUGGAACUUUUUUCAGAUUUCUUAGUUUGCUUCUUCCUCGUCAAUGUUCCAGCCGUCAGUGAGUUUGCAGACGUUUUCUCAGAUUUAUGCGCCAUCAGACCUCAUCUACCUUUGAUUGCAGACAUUUCUGUUCCUGUUUCCUCAAUUUUCGACGCUUUACACAAAUCCCGCACAAAGAAGGAAGACUUAAGUUCAUCGUUCUUCGAUAAAGCAGCAGCACAAGCAUACGCAGACAAAGAUAAAGCUUUAUAUCGUAUAAAGAAGCUCGAAUCGUUAAUACGCGAAUACUGUUUAGCUGGUACAGCAGAUAUUAACGCUUUAUGUAUGAAGAUGCCGAUAUUUUUAUCAUUGCUUGGUCAAGGAUACUUUUUCGUAACUACAGACUUAAUGAAGUCCCGUACUGAUCAGAACAUACCAUUACAAGACUACAUAGUCAGUUUACUAUCACAAAUCAUACUUUCUUUCUUCUUAGUUCUCAAAAACCAGAAGCAAAUCAAAAGAUUUUUCAUUUACAACUUAAGAGAAUACGAUUACCCAUACUUACUCAGCAACGUUACUCUCCUCCGCUUAGAGAAGCAGCUCUAUGAUAAAGUAACAUUCCUGGCCCAUUCCUUGGAGACUUUGGAUAUGGACGCAUUUGAUAAGGGCGACGGUUUUGACACUUUACCGUUAACCUUUGUUGUAGCCAGUAUCCAAUCUUCUUUUAAUAAAUAUAGUACAAAUCACGGUGUUGUCCAUUUACCACCUUUAUUCCAAUUAUUGGCCGAUGUUUCGCUUCAUGCGAAAUUAACCAAUUCUCCUUUGAUGACGCUGUUCGAAUUUGCGCCAAUCUACAAGUUUUGGUGCUUCAAGAAUAUUCUUAAGAACCAUUUGAUCUUCAGAUCAACAUCACAAAGUUCAAUUGUUAUAUCCCUUUGCGGAUUAGCACAUUUCUACUCCUACGAUACAGCAAUUGCCGCAGAACACCAAGUAUUCUUCCGAAAGAUUCCGAAAUACUACGGAACAAUGGAGAAAGCUGUUUCCACUAUGGUAACUAACUGGAUACAGCAGCAAUGGCUCUUGCAGACCUCCCAGAAGAGUCCAAAGACAUCACGCCAGGGCGAGAAAAGGAUGACUGAUAGCUUACAGAUCUUAUUAGACAUUGGAACUAUAAAUGUCUUAGACCAGAAGAUCAAUUUGCUUCAGAGAAUCAUCCCUGUCGUCAAGGAUGGCAUUCCUGCCAUUCUAGAGAAGCAGAAAUUCAUUCCUCCUGCUACUCUUUUAGAACAUCUAAAUGGCAUGCGCGAUUUCUUGAUUUCUCCAUUGAUCGGUGUCGGAAUCAACCCAUACACAGUCUUCAACGACAACAUCAACGAAAUUACUUCAGUUCUCCUCUCAUAUGACAUGGGAAUUGUCGAAAUCGAAGGAAAAAUGGGCCGUGCGAUGAAUUUAUUCUACGAUACAUACAAGAAAUAUCUCAUGGAAGAUAUUACAUCGGCCUAUUACUCUCCAGUUCUUCGAGCAUUCGUUGAUGGCACGAGCAAACCGAAAAUUUCAGCUCCAACGAUCUUAUCCAUCCCCGCAUUACGUGCUCUCGUCCAGAUCCUCAACAAGGACGGCAUGAUCGCGAUGUCUUCGAUGUUUGCUCAGUGCGCAAUUGAAGUUUUGACAAAAACCGCGACACUUUUUGACGAAAUCAAGUCAAAUGCCGACGAAUCAUUUGAUGCCUGUUCAAGUUUGAUUCACGCUUCAUCCAUUCUCAUGGCGAGAAGGAUGCUGCACGAAGUGAACAACUCAUUGACAGACAAUCAACUGAAUGACAACGAGUUCCAACAGAGAUUGAACACGUCUUUGAUCAUGCCUGCAUUCGAUUCGAGCUCUAUAUUGGAAACAUUUACGCAGAUCUGCAGCUGCAGUUUCUGGAACAAUUUAGUUUUCGAUGCGAAUACAGGCGGAUUUACCAAUGACGCUCACUUGAUUCCUGUUGUUUUGGACGCUGUUUACGGGUCAUUGAUUGCGAAACAGCCGAACUACGACUUGUACAACAAGUACAAAUCACUGCUCAAAGCAAUGAUCAAUGGAAUUAAGAUGAUAAAGAAAGACGACAAAAAGUUGUUGAUGUACAUUUUGAUCGAUUUCUGUGUCAAGGAUUCUAUUUACGCGGAUUACUCAAUGACAACUGACGCUUUGCCUUACCAGUUGAUCAGAUCUGUCUAUUCAGGAAUUCUUCAGAUACAGAAUCAAUAA